UAGGGUUUUAUAUAUCCUUUUUAUUCUGCGGUGACGAUGAGUAAGCGCGUGGCGGAUGAGGCGGUGGCCGCCGCCGUAGAGUCGGGCCACAUUACCAGGGAGCCCUCGUCGCGGCGGCUGUCGGAGGCGGCGUUGCCGUACAUUCACAAGGUGGAGAAGCCACCGAAGCAGGGCUGGUUGGAGGAGCUGAAAUGGACUGUGAAGGAGACGUUCUUCCACGACGAGCCUCUGCGGCAUUUUAAGGAUCAACCUAGGUCGAGGAAAUUCAUGCUCGCAUUGCAGGCUGUUUGCCCCAUAUUUGACUGGGGAAGAUCCUACAACCUUUCUAAGUUCAAAGGUGACCUCAUUUCUGGCCUCACCAUUGCCAGCCUUUGCAUUCCACAGGAUAUUGGUUAUUCUGGACUAGCGAAUCUGGAUCCUCAGUAUGGGCUUUAUAGCAGCUUUGUUCCACCGUUGAUCUAUGCAUUUAUGGGCAGUUCGAGGGAUAUUGCAAUAGGUCCAGUGGCCGUGGUGUCUUUGUUGCUGGGAAGUCUUCUCCGAGAUGAAAUCGAUCCUGAGCUUCAUAAAUGGGAGUAUCAUCGCCUCGCCUUCACCGCCACUUUCUUCGCCGGCGUCACUCAGUUUGUGCUUGGUUUUUUCAGAUUAGGGUUCUUGAUUGAUUUCUUGUCGCAUGCUGCUAUUGUGGGCUUUAUGGCUGGGGCGGCCAUAACCAUCGCCCUGCAACAGCUCAAGGGUCUUCUUGGCAUCAAGAAAUUCACUAAGAAAACUGAUAUUAUAUCUGUCAUGCAUUCAGUCUGGGGUUCAGUACAUCAUGGGUGGAACUGGCAGACUAUACUAAUAGGAGUCUCUUUCUUGGCUUUCCUUCUCACCGCCAAAUACGUAGGAAAGAAGAACAAGAAGUACUUCUGGGUGCCUGCAAUUGCGCCAUUGAUAUCCGUUGUGAUCUCAACCUUCUUCGUCUUCAUCACCCACGCUGACAAGCACGGCGUCCAGAUCGUGAACCAUAUAAAGAAAGGCAUUAAUCCGGCAUCUGCAGACCAGAUUUACUUCUCCGGGGAAUACCUCACCAAAGGAAUCAGAAUUGGUGUUGUCGCCGGCAUGAUAGCCUUAACUGAAGCAGCGGCGAUCGGAAGAACAUUUGCAGCCAUGAAGGAUUAUCAACUUGAUGGGAACAAGGAAAUGAUAGCAUUAGGGUCAAUGAACAUUGUAGGCUCCAUGACAUCCUGCUAUGUAGCUACCGGAUCGUUCUCGCGGUCGGCGGUGAACUACAUGGCCGGGUGCCACACGACGGUGUCCAAUAUUGUGAUGUCAUGCGUCGUCAUGCUGACACUGCUACUCAUCACUCCGCUGUUCAAAUACACCCCCAAUGCUAUUCUGGCUUCCAUCAUCAUAUCUGCAGUUGUGGGGCUUGUUGACAUUGAUGCCAUGAUCCUCCUAUGGAAGAUUGAUAAAUUUGAUUUCAUUACCUCCAUGGGAGCUUUCUUCGGUGUUGUUUUCCACUCCGUUGAGAUUGGCCUCCUCAUUGCUGUGGCAAUUUCCUUUGCAAAGAUUCUGCUUCAAGUGACAAGGCCACGAAUUGCUGUGUUGGGGAAGAUACCCAGAAGUGCAAUUUACAGGAAUGUGCUGCAAUAUCCAGAUGCAACAAAGGUCCCUGGAAUUCUCAUUCUCAGAGUUGAUUCUGCAAUCUACUUCUCCAACUGCAACUAUGUCAGGGACAGAGCACUGUUAUGGCUGUCUGAUGAAGAAGAUAAGCAGAAAGAAAUCAAUGGCACAAAGAUCCAGCUGCUGAUAAUUGAUUUGUCGCCUGUUAUUGAUAUAGACACCGGUGGCAUUCACGCCGUUGAAGACCUACACAAAUCUCUUGAGAAGAGACAUGUUCAGCUUAUUCUGGCAAAUCCAGGGCAUAAGGUGAUGGACAAACUUCACACCUCUGGUCUUGCAAAUGUGAUUGGAGAAGACAAGAUUUUCCUCACGGUUGCAGACGCGGUCACCGCGCUUGCCCCGAAAAUGGAGCCUUGA